AUGGCGGCAGCACCGCCUCCUGUCUGCGACACGCGAGCUUCCCCGGAAGUGACCGAGAGAAGCCUGGACAAGCGGAAAUACCCGAGCCCAGCCGAAAGAAUCCGAAUCCUAAGCCCAACGCUGAGCAACACGGGGCGGGAACGGCGACGGUGGCUGCGCAGGCGCACAGCGCAAGACGGGGGUCGGCGGAGCCGAAGCGGACAGGCGACGGAAAUAUCCGAAGUGGAGACCCUGCUUAGAGACUGGGGAGGAGAAAGAGUAGGGAGAAGGUUGGGGAUAUGGGGCAUAGCCCAGGACCGCCCUGGGGAAGGUCACAGAGGCUCUCCUGGCCCCUGUACCUGCUCUGAGCACCCUCCUCGCUCCCUUCUUUGUCCCCUUUCUCUGCUGUGCAAUCCAGACAUAAACGAGCUGAACCUGCCCAAGACGUGUGACAUCAGUUUCUCAGAUCCGGAUGACCUCCUCAACUUCAAGCUGGUUAUUUGUCCUGAUGAGGGCUUUUACAAGAGCGGGAAGUUUGUGUUCAGUUUUAAGGUGGGCCAGGGUUACCCGCACGACCCCCCCAAGGUGAAGUGUGAAACGAUGGUCUAUCACCCCAACAUUGACCUCGAGGGCAACGUCUGCCUCAACAUCCUCAGAGAGGACUGGAAGCCAGUCCUUACGAUAAACUCCAUAAUUUAUGGCCUGCAGUAUCUCUUCUUGGAGCCCAACCCUGAAGACCCACUGAACAAGGAAGCCGCUGAGGUCCUGCAGAACAACCGGCGGCUGUUUGAGCAGAACGUGCAGCGCUCCAUGCGGGGUGGCUACAUCGGCUCCACCUACUUCGAGCGCUGCCUGAAAUAGGGUUGGCGCGCACACCCCUGCCAGGGCCACCAGCCCCGGCGUCCCCUGCAAAUAUUUAUUGGGGGCCACAGGUGGGGAGCAUGGGGCGUCAGGUGGGGGGAAUCCCAUGCCCUAGCCUUGCCUCCCUGCCCUGCCACCCGCUCCUAGUUAUUUUUUUUUAACCACCAUGUGAUUGAGGUCGGCGCUGUCUCCCCCGACCCGCUCAGCGAUGGGAAAUGAAUUGGCUUCUCUAGCCCCCCGCUGGGUGCCAUCCAGCCCCCCACUCUUGAGCUCUCGGGUGGGUGGCCGAGGGGACUGGGUGGCCGGGGCCCCGCCACCCCAUCCCUCCACCACUGGAGGUCCCACCAGGCUAUUAAAGGGGAAUGUUACUGCA